AUGUCCACUUCCACUUCCGUUUCUUCCAGUGAUAAUCACAAAGUAUGGUCAAUAUUAGGUAAAAACCUAAAAGCAGACACCGCAGAUCAAUUGGAACCGUACUUUUCUCAACUUGUGGAGAUGAAGGAUGUUGAAGAGGUACAUCUCGGUGGGAAUUCUUUAGGUGUUGGGGCUUGUGAAGCUUUGGCGGAGGUUUUCAAACAGAAGAAAGGUCUCAAGAUCGUCAAUUUAGCCGAUAUCUUCACAGGAAGACUAAUCACUGAAAUCCCUCAAUCUCUCUCUGCUCUAUGUUCUUCUCUCAUAUCCCAUACUUCCUUGGUCGAAAUCAAUUUAUCCGAUAACGCAUUCGGUGGUCGUUGUGCAGAUUCAAUGGUCCCAUUCCUAAGUUCCAACACUCAUUUCCAAAUAUUCAAACUUAACAACAACGGUCUAGGUCCUCAAGGCGGUAUCAUCAUUUCUUCAGCUUUAUUAAAAAAUGCAGAGAAAUGUAAAUCCGAAGGUAAACCAAGUAAUUUAAAAGUAAUCAUUUGUGGUAGGAAUCGAUUAGAAAAUGGUUCUGCUUCAUCUUGGGCAAAAGCAUUUUCAGCUCAUGGGAAUUUGAAAGAAAUCAGAAUGCCUCAAAAUGGAAUAAGAAUGGAAGGUAUUAAAUCUUUAUCAGAAGGUUUAGAGAAUAAUACAAAAUUGGAAAUAUUAGAUCUUCAAGAUAAUACAAUAACGAAAAUAGGAAUGAGAAGUUUGAUAAAAGUUUUACCCAAAUGGAAAGAAUUGAAAGAACUUAAUCUUUCUGAUUGUUUGUUAGGACCUUCAGGUGGAAUAGCUUUAGCUAGUUUAUUGGCUAAAGGUAAUAAUGAUAAAUUAGAAAUAUUGAAAUUACAAUAUGGUGAAUUGGAUAAAAGGUUUGUAGAGAUUUUGACCGAAGCUAUCGCUCAACAUUUGAAAAAGUUGAAAGAAUUGGAAUUGAAUGGGAAUUGGUUUGAAGCGGAUGAUGAUUGUGUUGAAGGGUUGAGAAAAGCUUUAGCUUUGAAUGGAUUUGAAGAUGCUUUGGAUGAACUUGACGAUAUGGAAGAACCACCCUCAGAAGAAGAGGAUGAAGAUGAAGAUGAAGAUGGAAAGGAUGAAGAUGAUGAUGAAGAACCAGAUGACGGUGUGGCUCCUGGUGUAGACGGUACGGCCUCUUUACCCCCUGCGGACGACAAAGACACGGAUGUUCUUGCCGAUUUGCUCGAGAAGGUUCAUGUGAAACAAGAUUGA